AUGACACACAUAGCAAACUGCAUGCGCUCCGAUCCCGACCACACCUCUGUUUAUAUAACACUGGAAACAUCCUCGUCCCCAAUGGCCCCCCAAGAUUCUCUCUCGCCAGCCGCCACCCAGGCAAAGAGUCCACCACUGUCUUCUCAACCUCCCACCCAACAGGCCCCAUCCAAGUACCAACUUUGGCUCUCAGCAAAGAGUCCAGCCCUCGGUUCAAAGACCAGCCACUCAGCAGACAGGGUCGCUGCCCUUGCUGCUGGCCGCUCCCCGACUUCGCUCAGUGACACUGCUCUCCUCUCCGAGAACAGCCUGCCUUUUUGGCAACGAACCGGCUCCCUAUCACGACGACGCAAAGUCAGUGUGCCUGAACUCGGAAGCACCAUGACAACCGUCCAAGAGAUGCCCCUUGAUUCACCAACCAUCCCGGGAAGACCACCUCUCCGCAAGCCUUCAUAUGAAGUGCUUGGCCACGAGCGCUCCUGCAGUGCUCCCGGUACUAACUGGCGCUCCGGUCCUUUCGGCGAUGCCAUGAUGGAUUGCAUUACCGGCCCUUCUCCUGUCCAGACUCAGUACACUACCGCUCCGCUUACUUCAGAACUGCCCGCCAUCUCCGGCAGGCCGCUUUCUCCCAUCCUAAGCCCCGGUGCGACACCUAGGCCUUUGCUCAAACUUGAGACGGACAACAUUGUUGAAGAAGACUGGGAAAUUCCGCCCCAAGUGCCUCCAAAGUCUCCUGUUACCGAGCGCAAGGGCUCUCCCACCCCCUUGAUACUCAACUCAAAAGCAAGCAAAUCACAACUUACCACUCCCGCGUCGAUCAGCUCAGGCGGAGGUACUCCGUUGAGUGCCAUUGACCUCCGACGAUCGCCAAACGGCAGCAUGGGCCUUCCCACACCACCAUCUACCUUCACCAAUCCCUUUUAUGCAUCUUCACCUGCAUCAGCCCGAGGUUCACCACGAACAGAGAGAAGAGAUCCCAUGGCUACACAAACCUUUCCUCACAACCGCAACAUGUCGGAGUCAUCCAUCAUGGACCGAGGUCGGCCAAAAUGCCGUAACAGCAAAAAAGACCGCCCGCGUGCCAUGUCUGAAACCAAUGGCCCCGAGGCUAUACCUGACUCUUGGAAGCUCCCCCAAGGCAUGCGCGUAUCUGAGGCUUCAAGGCGAAUCAGUGAUGCCGACAAGAGGCUGCUCCAUAAGCAAGCCUACGAUCAGGCAGGCAACUUUGAAGUCCUCAACAAACGUGAUGUAGCAUCGUUGUCAAGAGAACUCCGAGCACUUGAUGAACGCUGCGAUUAUCUCCGCAAGACUUACAAGUCGCUGCGCGCAGGUCGCCAGAAGCUUCAUGGUCGCAUGAUUGCCUAUCUGCGACGUGGAGAAACAGUUAUCUUCUCGCGCGAAUCCCUACUCAAGCAAGAAGAGGCGCUAGCCGAGUUGGAUGUGUCCAUCGACGAGUUCAUCCAAAAACUGGAGCAAGCCGAAAACCGCCGCCUUCGCUUACGCCAAAAGCUGCUUGAGCACGUGGCUGCUGCUAUCGUCCUUGAUCCUAGCUCCCGUGAUCAAGUCGCCGAAGCCACUCCUCCGCGGAGUCCUGUAAAAAUGGAUAGCCCUGCGCGAUCCCAGCGAAAGGAGACUGAAUCUAUCAAGAUCUACGCUGAUGGACACGUUCUCAACCUAUUUUCGGACAUUGAGAAAGCGAUCGGCAAGAUGUGUGAACAAACUUGCUAG